UCAGUAGCGUGUCCAAUUGAUGCAGAGACAUCCUUUUCACCUUGACCUUUUUCCAAGAAUCACCAUCUCGUCCUCCUCAAGGCCACGCCUUUGAAUCGGUGCGUGAUGGCAAUCUCUAGAUAUUAUCUUUGGCUCUAUUGUUUUUUUUUUAACAGAUCCCAUUUCCAUCUUGGACGAGCUCGAAGCACUGGGUGACACGAGGCUCGAGCUGCUGAUAUGGCUGCUCUUGUUGUUGCUUUCGGGAGUACAAGUGGGGUGCCUCGCUUUUUCACAGCUGCAAUUUUCUUAUUGCAUCAAGAAUUACGUUAACCGCGUCUGACCUACGACGCCGAGACAUCAUAUGACUUUGGUUUUCUUCCUCAGUCGCCAUGUUGGCGCGUCCUCCGUCUCUCCCUGUCUCUCUCUCUCUCUCUCUCUCUCUCUCUCUCUCUCGGCUUUGUGUGUCUCGGAGCACGACGGACAAAGAGAUUGGGCUUCUGUGAUUUUCUGACACAAACCAUUAACGAACCACACCCGCCCGCACAGACCCAGGUUCUUGUUUGUCCAUCUUCUUCGUUCAGAACCAGAGAGAUGUCUGCCGAGUUGACCCAGUCGCCCCCGACGACGAUCCAGCUGUGGAGGUCGCUGUGGGACUUGCUCUCCUUCUUCUUCCAGUUCUUCUUGCGCAUCGCCACGGCUCUCGGGACUCGCGACUUCCUCCUCUCCCGCUUUCCCUCCUUCAAGCCCCUGCCCCUCACCGAGCUGCCCGUCCAGGAUCCGCCCGCCGGUGUCGCUGCUGCCGACGAAGGCGCUGAUUCUUCCGAACCCGUGGAGAGGCUCACGGUAGUGCUUGAUUUAGAUGAAACUCUAAUAUGUGCAUACGAGACGCUGAGUCUGCCUGCUGCUAUUCGUGACCGAGCAGUGGAAGCCGGAUUGAAGUGGUUUGACCUAGAAUGCAUUUCUUCAGAGAAGGACUCUGAAGGAAAGCCUAAGGUCAAUCUUGUGACGGUGUUUGAGCGCCCGGGCCUGCGAGAAUUCUUAAAACAGCUCCAUGAGUUUGCGGAUCUCGUGCUGUUUACAGCUGGACUUGAAGGAUAUGCAAGACCGCUUGUUGACACAAUAGACGUAGAGAAUAGAUUUAGUCAGCGACUUUAUCGACCUUCAACAAUUAGCACGGCGUAUCGGGAGCAUGUGAAGGAUCUUUCUUGCCUCUCAAAGGAUCUCAGCCGAAUAGUCAUUGUCGAUAACAACCCGUUCAGUUUCUUGCUGCAGCCAGUCAACGGGAUUCCAUGCAUUCCUUUUACUGCUGGACAGCCGCCCGAUGAUCAGCUUCUGGAGGUCCUGCUUCCACUCCUGAAGCACCUUUCUAUGCAGAGAGAUGUGAGGCCCGUGCUCUACGAACGUUUUCGCAUGCCCGAAUGGUUUCAGAAGUAUGGGAUCCCUGCUUUUGGCAGGCCGUCGUAGCAUCUAGACCCAAAGUCUCCAUUGUUUUUGUGUGAUCCUAAAGAAGUGGCAUCUUGCACGAGGUCGAUGUUGGCCAAUUGUCUUGCUGGUAUGGAAUCAGGUGGUCCAAAGGUGUCAAUAUCUGAUCCGCGUUUGCGGAGUAUCUAGCAUAGUUCUGACUUCUGCAUCUUUGUCAAUAGAUAAAAGUCCUUGUACACAAUGUAGAUAGAAUCUACAGUACUAUUCCUUGUAACUUUACUAAUGUGCUUGCAGUCCUGUAGAAUGUCCAAAUCGCAUUUCAGAGUGCUGAACACUCUCUUGAUCAAAUAAAAAAAAUAAGGUUUUCACCA